AAAUAACUAAAAAUGACAAGUAGAAGUCUUGAGGAGUCCAUGGGGGCUGUUCAGAUGGGGUUAGUCAGAACGCUUAAAGGAUUCCAAGGCAAGAUUUUGCCACCCCUGAGUCCGAAGGUGGUUACAGAAGAAGAAGUAAAUCGAAUGCUGACUCCCUCAGAGUUCCUGAAGGAAAUGUCCCUCACCACAGAGCAGAGACUGGCUAAUACACGUGUGAUGUGCCGACCACAGAUCAUUGAACUUUUAGAUAUGAGGGAAACAACACAUCAAAAGUUUCCAGGAAUUGACCUGGAUCAGGCCUUAUUCCAGCCCUUUCCAUCAGAAAUUGUAUUUCAGAACUACACUCCCUGUGAAGUCUAUGAAGUUCCACUGGUUUUGAGGAACAAUGACAUAGUUCCAAGGCUGGUGAAAGUUGUUGAGGAAAGUUCACCUUAUUUUAAAGUAAUCAGCCCCAAAGAUAUUAGUCACAAAGUAGCACCAGGAGUGCCAUCCGUCUUCCGAAUCCUCUUUACUCCAGAGGAGAACAAGGAUUAUGCCCAUAUGUUGACCUGUGUUACUGAGAGAGAAAAGUUUAUUGUGCCCAUCAAAGCUAGAGGUGCACGAGCCAUCCUAGAUUUUCCUGACAAGCUGAAUUUUUCUACUUGCCCUGUCAAAUACAGCACUCAGAAGAUUCUGCUGGUGCGAAACAUUGGCAACAAAGAUGCUGUGUUUCACAUCAAAACUCAUAGGCCCUUCUCUGUAGAGCCAUCUGUUGGAACUCUUAAUGUAGGAGAGUCCAUGCAACUGGAAGUGGAUUUUGAGCCACAAAUCGUGGGCAGUCACAGUGAAAAACUUGUUGUGUAUUAUGAUACAGGUGAAAAAGUGUUUAUAUCUCUGUAUGGAGCUGCUAUAGACAUGAAUAUAAGGCUGGACAAGAAUUCCUUGAUCCUUGAGAAAACUUACCUAUCUCUGGCCAAUCAGCGAACUCUAACUAUUCACAACCGCAGUAACAUCAUUGCCCAUUUCCAGUGGAAGAUAUUUGCUACCCAGGAAGAGGAAGACCGAGAAAAGUAUAGGGUCUGUGAUGAUCUUAUCAAAGAGGAAAAGAAUGAGACCGAUGGGUUUCUUGAGGAGUGCAUUAUUGAUCCUUCACUCCAACAGCGUCUUUCCAUUCUGUCCCGCACCUUUGAGAAUCAGAGAAAGCUGGUUCAAGAAGAUAGCAUGGUCUUCUUGAAUAACAUUUUCAGUGUUGAGCCUCUGGAAGGUGAUGUCUGGCCGAAUUCAUCAGCUGAAAUCACUGUGUACUUUAACCCUCGGGAAGCCAAACUCUACCAGCAGACUCUUUACUGUGACAUUUCAGGCCGAGAGAUCCGUCUGCCCCUCCGAAUCAAAGGAGAAGGAAUGGGACCAAAGAUUCACUUCAACUUUGAGUUGCUGAAUAUUGGAAAAGUUUUUGUUGGAUCUGUUCAUUGUUAUGAGGCAGUACUAUCCAACAAGGGCAGCAUUGAUGCCCUCUUCAACGUGAUCCCUCCAACUUCGGCUGUGGGGACCUGCUUUGUUUUCAGUCCCAAGGAAGGCAUCAUCGAACCAAGUGGAGUCCAGGCUAUCCAGAUCUCCUUCAGUUCUUCCAUCCUGGGACACUUUGAAGAAGAGUUCCUAGUCAAUGUUAAUGGAGCACCAGAGCCUGUGAAAUUGACCAUUAUAGGCUGUGUCAUUGGACCUACCUUCCAUUUUAAUGUUCCUGCUUUGCAUUUUGGUGAUGUUUCCUUUGGGUUUCCUCAUACCUUGAUAUGUUCCCUCAAUAAUACCUCCUUGGUCCCCAUGACCUUCAAACUGCGUGUGCCUGGGGAUGGUGUUGGCCAUAAAAGCAUUUCCAGUUGUGAGCAGUAUUCAGAAAACAAAAAAUCAUAUUGUAACAAGGAUGAAAUACCUGUAAUGAGACCAAAGGAGUUCACCAUCACCCCCGACUGUGGCACCAUUCGCUCCCAAGGAUUUGCUGCUAUCAGGGUGACCUUAUGCUCCAACACUGUGCAGAAAUAUGAGCUGGCCCUGGUGGUAGACGUGGAGGGCAUCGGGGAAGAAGUGCUGGCGCUCUUAAUUACAGCGAGGUGUAUUGUACCUACUCUCUGCGUGGUUAAUACAGAGGUGAACUUUGGGCGCUGCUUCCUGAAGUAUCCAUAUGAGAAAACGAUCCAGGUUGUCAAUCCUGAUGACCUCCCAGGAUGCUAUCAGGUCCUGCCUCAGGUAUAUCAGGAUGUACCAGCUGUGUUGCUGUCUAGUCCCACCCCCUGUGGGGUCAUCCCCCCCAAAAGCACCGUUCACAUACCUCUGGCCCUGGAGCCCCAAGUCCUUGGGGAGUACAGGUCCACGGUUUACAUCUCGACCUUCGGGAGCCAGGACCCCCCUAUGGUAUGUCACUUAAGGAGCAUUGGAGAAGGCCCAGUUAUCUACGUACAUCCCACUCAGGUUGAUUUUGGCAAUAUCUACGUCCUGAAGGACUCCCUCAGGAUUCUCAACCUGUCUAACCAGUCCUUAGUCCCCGCAUUAUUCAAGGCAUGCAUGGCACACAAAAAGUCCCUUUGGACGGUUGAACCCAAGGAAGGCACAGUUCCCCCAGAAAGUGAUGUUGAACUGACACUGACUGCCAACCUGAACGACAUACUGACAUUCAAAGACACAGUCAUUUUGAACAUUGAAAAUAGCAACACCUACCGGAUACCUGUCCAGGCUUCAGGAAUUGGCUCCACCAUUGUUUCAGAUAAGCCCUUUGCACCAGAACUCAAUCUGGGAGCACAUUUUAGGUAA